AUGAGAGCUCCACUUUGUGUCACCUCCGUAUUCUUCUUCCUCUUCUGCUACUUAUAUGAGCUCUCUUCUUCUAAGUCAGUAUUUUACUCUCCAGAAAGUCUUACAGUCUCAAGCAACCAAACCCUUGUGUCUCCUGGAAAUGUCUUCGAGAUAGGUCUCUUCAAACCCAAUGAGUACAUUUCUCGUUGGUAUCUUGGGAUAUGGUACAAGGAAGACCCAAAGAGAACUAGUUUAUGGGUAGCCAACAGAGUUAAACCUCUAACCAAACCUGUCGGAAUCCUCAAAUUCUUCGGCAACAACCUCGUCCUGUUCGAACAAGAUAAUAUCCCUGUAUGGAAGACCAAUCUGACCGGAGGAGGUGUGAGUUCUAGGAUGGUGGCUGAACUUUUCGAUAAUGGAAACUUCGUGGUGAAGGACUCCAGCGACCCGGAAGGUUACUUAUGGCAGAGCUUCGAUUCUCCAACGGAUACUUUACUACCGGAGAUGAAACUCAAAAUGACGACCUAUUCUAGUGAAGAUGAUCCGCGAUAA